AUGCCAUUACCAUGGGCCCAAAAAGAGGAAGAAGAAACAGCUACAACGGAACCUGUUUUUCGAGGAAACGUAGAAGCGCCAGUCAUCAAAAAUCCAGUGGCUAUUGAGCAGCUUGAUCAGUUUUCCUACCGCAAAAAUUGCGGCACUCUCUUCAAGAAUCGAGAAACCGUUUCUUCGGCGAAAGUGAAUUGCGACCGUCUCGAUGAAUUCUGCGAACAAAACAUUGUAGUCCUCAACAAUGACAGCUCUCAAGUCUCAGAUGACUACGAUAUCGAUAAAGAUCUGAAAACCUCGAUUACAGACGAAAGGCUGUCAAAGAACUUGAUCCGAGUCAGUAUCAAAUCUCUGAAUGCAGUCCAGAGGAAAUCAGUGAGAGUAAUUCGUGAUGGAUUGGGAUUGAUGGUCGAGGCCCCAACUGGAAUCGGCAAAACGUACGCUUUCUUGAUUCCUGCAAUCGAAAAGGUUAUUGAAGAGAAAAGAAAUCGCUCCAUUGAGCCGAAGAAACCUGCUCCUAUUGUAUUGAUUAUUGCUAACACCGGAACUCUCGUGAAACAAGUCUACGAUAGAUGUGAAUUAAUCCUCGGAUUGAAAUGCAUGGAUGAUGUCGAACCGAUGCAUGAUGUCAAGAUCGACAUGCUGAUCGCUGAGCAUCACUUUACCAGAGACGCGUGCGACAUUGCUUUUGCCACAAUGGGCAAGUUGAAAGCAACCAUAGAAGCCGGAGAUGUCAUCCUAGAUAAUUUGAAGAUGAUCAUUCUUGAUGAAGCAGAUAAAAUGAUAGACCCCAUGGCAUUCGGAAUGGAUAUUGAUAAUAUUAUGAACAAGUUGAGUGAAGAAGUCAAGGAGAAUCUCCAAGCAUGCUUCUUCUCAGCUACUUAUCCGAGAGAUUCCGACGGUUCCAUUGCGUUGACAACAAUACAAGAGAAAAUGCUCGGUGACAAACCAUGGAGGCUAGUCUAUUGUCCGAGAAUGCCGGGUUAUAUAACUCAAAAAGUUAUAAGACUACCGAGACCUACAAAAGACAUAGCUUCUCAUGACUGGAUUGUAAAGAUGAAUGUCAUUCGCAGUCUGAUAGAUAAGGAUCUAGAAGAAACUAACUGCAAGAAAGAGGGACCUUACGAACAAACCAUUGCUAUUUUCUGUGAAACUGUUGGACGAGCCGCACAAGUCGCCACUGCGCUCCGUUUGCUGGGAUACAACUUUUCACCUCUUUGUAGGCUUCUCACGAAGCAACAACAAGCUGUCACAGUCAACGAUCUGGAGUUCAAGCGAAUUCACGGAGUCGUUUGCACAAAUAUCAUGUCGCGAGGAAUCGACGUGUCAUCCAUUAAACAUACAAUCAUCAUGGAGAUGUCGAACCAAUUUGAUACAUAUAAGCACCGUAUUGGACGUGUCGGACGGGACGGAAAUGGAGGUACUGCGACCGUAUUGAUUGAUCAUAAUACACUGCUCAAUGGACGCUCGGCUGCUAUCAUUGAUCAGUUGUACACAUUCAUGGAUCAAAGCGAACAAGAAAUUCCCGAAUGGUUGAAACAAUGGUUCAGAUCGCGUCACCCACAGGAUUUUGAUUAUGCGUAG